AUGCCGCCACCGGACGGGCCGAGUGCAUCGCAAGGAGCCUGCGCGUUCAACAAAGAUUACGCUAUCGCCAACAUUAGCGAGUGGAUGAUCUUACCGAAAAAUGAGGAAGCAUUGGCGUAUGCGCUGUGGAAGGUUGGCCCACUGCCGGUGAGCUUGAAUGCAGCCCCAAAGUCUUUCCAGCUGUACAGCACCGGAAUUUACGAUGACGAGGCGGCUUGCGAUAACUCGAAGGUCAACCAUGCGAUGCUACUGAUCGGUUACACGAAGGAGUACUGGAUUCUGAAAAACUGGUGGGGCUCGUGGGGUGAGGAGGGCUACAUGAAGCUGGCACGCGGCAAGAACCUCUGCGGUAUCAGUAACUACGCUGGCUACGUUGUGGUUUGA